GUCUAAAUGAGCAUCCACCAACUUAUAAGCUUUCCUACAAGCAUCAAACUCUGCUUUGUCUCGUUUAUCUUUCGCUUUCGGAAGAAGAGAAUCUUCGAUGUUAUCAAGAGUUUGUAUCGCGUUGAUCCAAGCUUUAGCUGCGAACUUGAAAUCGAUGGUUUGUUUGCAUAUUCUGUUGAUUAGGUUUUGUGUUGGUGGAUCAGGGACGACGGAGAUUGAAGAUUUGAAGGUAAUGAAAAUGAGAAGAGAGAUGAGUAGCAGAAUCUGGAAUCGUUCUCUGUUUCUCAAACGUUCUUCAAACUUCCGAGCUAGUUUCUCGACGAAACGUAUUGGGACGCAUAAUGGAACUUUCCACUGCGACGAAGCCUUAGCUUGCUUCAUCCUUCGUCUUUCAAGUAGAUUCUCCGAUGCUCAAAUCAUACGAACCAGAGAUCAUCAGGUUUUGGAGAAGCUAGAUGCGGCACUUGAUGUUGGAGGUGUGUAUGAUCCUCAGAGUGAACGUUAUGACCAUCACCAGAAAGGCUUUAGUGAAGUGUUUGGCCUUGGGUUUAAUACUAAACUCAGUAGUGCUGGGCUUGUUUAUAAGCAUUAUGGAUUGGAGAUAAUUGCUAAGGAGAUUCAACUUGAUCAGAGACAUCCCGAUGUGUUUCGAUUGUUUCUAGCUGUGUACAAAAACUUCAUCGAGGCUAUAGACAAUGGCAUCCAUCAGUAUGAUACUGACCAGCCUCCAAGAUAUGUAAACAAUACUAGCCUAGGGCAUAGGAUUGGAAGGUUAAACUUAGACUGGAUUGAACCUGAUCAGUCUAGUGAAAAAGAAGACGAAGCCUUUCAUCGGGCAAUGGAACUUGCUGGCUCUGAGUUCUUGGAGUGUGUUCAUUUUCACGCGAAAUCGUGGUUACCAGCUCGGUCAAUUGUUAUGGAAUGUCUUGCAAAACGGUAUGAUAUAGACUCCAGUGGAGAAAUUAUGAAGCUCAGUAAACAAUGCCCAUGGAAACUCCAUAUAUUCGAGCUCGAGGAAGAAAUGAAGAUUGAUACUCCCAUAAAAUAUGUUCUUUACCAGGAUGAUAGAAGUGAAAACUGGAGAAUCCAAGCAGUAUCAGUUACACCAGAGAGGUUUGAGAGCCGUAAACCUUUGCCAUUAUCAUGGAGAGGUCUAGAAAAGGAGAAGCUCUCAGAGGAAAGUUCAAUCCCAGGCUGUGUUUUUGUGCAUAUGAGUGGUUUCAUUGGUGCAAACCAAACCUAUGAAGGUGCCUUAGCAAUGGCAAGAGUCUCUUUGAUGACAUCAUAACCAAAGAUCGGUUAUUUGGUUUGAAGUUUGAACCGGUUCCUAAUCCUAUACAUAGAAUCAAAUGGUCACUAUAGUUACAUUGUAUUCAGAUUUUAAUUAAUACUUUAUAUAUUG